AUACAGCGUAAGUGUGGAACCGUUGGCGGUUAGCAGGCGAUUCAAAGCGGGACCCUUGAAAACAAGAACAGCUGUGGGAUGUCACGGCAACUGCGUGGGUUUGAAAUGCUUCUAUGAGUUAAACUUUAUCCUUUGGCUGAUAAUAAACGGUGUUAAUUCACAUUAGCAAAGCUGCGGUGAAGUCGGUAUUCGUUUCGGUUGUUGCUGCAAGCUUCAAUUCGAUAUUCUUGAUUGUGUUGCCUGUUAGGUUGGUCAGCAACAUCCACAAGUGGUUUAUAAGCCAGUAGUCUUUUCGCAAUAACCGGUUACUGCUCUGGACAAUAUUUAACAAGAUGCCUCCAAAGAGACAACACCUGAGGCCCACAAUAGCCAAUGUCUCCAGUUCCCUGGACCUGGAGUCUGAGGACAUCAGCCUGGAGACCACCGUCCCCACCACCGAGGACGUCUCCUCCUCUGAUGAGCAGCGGGACGGAUCUCAAAAAGUGACCCGACAGCUGAUCGAGAGAAAGGAGCUGCUGCACAGUGUCCAGCUGCUAAAAAUCGAGCUCUCUCAGAAAAACCUGAUCAUAGACAACAUGAAGGCCGACCACAUGUCGAAGGUAAGGGGGGAGUGAUCCGAGCCAGAGGGAGGCUUUUGGAGGAGAGUGUUUUCUGCAAUAGUGAUCUCAUGAUUGUUGACUUAUUCUUAUUCAACAGGUUGAAGAGCUAGAGGAGAGGCUGAAUGAUGCUCUGCACCAGAAACAAGUUUUGGCUCUGAGACUGGACAGCCAGCUGAAACUGGCUCAAGAAGAGAACAGGUGAGGAAGGUGGCAGCAGCAGUCUGUAAUGGUAGGGUAGGGGUAGGGGAGACCGGGGCUUGUUGUCACAUUGCAAUUAUCUUUGCUGCCAGAGGGCGCAACUAAAAAUUAGAAUACUAGUUUUAUUCCUUUACAUGGUCAGGGGUUGUGUCCUGUCUGAGAAGAGAAGAGCACAUUGUGAGCUGAGAUGAGUGCCAAUUCACCAUUUCACACAACCCAAAGAAAAAUCUUUUACUUUAUAUAUUUUGAAUUAAUUUAAGGCAUCCUAUCAUACCUCAGUCACUGUUCUGUUGUAAGCUAGCUUUAAGCGAGAGCUAGAAGUAGUAAACACGGUAGUUUGGGGCAACAUGUCUCAGUCAUUUUGGGGUUAGUUGUCACAUGUUUUGUUGUACAUGUACAUUUCCUCUUUUGUAUUCUUGCAGUGUUUGAAAGUAAUCCUCCUUAGCAAUUAACAAACAUAACAUAAUAAAGAUGUUCUGAUAAAAUACACAUAUUCAUAACAAGUCAAAGACAACAUGUGCAGGAGAGGCAGACGACUUUAAGUCAUUUUGAUGAUGUUUUUAAGAGGAGGCUCAAGACUCACCUUUUUAACCAGGCUUUUCACUAAUUGCCUUCUUAUAUUUCUCUUAUAGCAAAUGUUCAUUUCAUACCUCUUUUACAUGGUAAAGAGCUCUUACUCAUCUGUUCAUUUAAUAUUAUUUUCUUGUUUUAGUCCAUCAGGUUUUACUCUUUUUCUUUUUACCAUUUUUAUCUUUUUAUCUCCAGUGUUUCCCAAAGGUAGCUCUUUCCACACAUAAAUGUCUCAGUGUCAGGCUGUGUCUCUUUAACAUUAUAUCUUAAAUUCCUACAUUGUGUGCGCUUGUGUUUGUGUAUGUGUGGGUGAGUGAGGGUGGGUGUGUGUGGGUCCAUGGGUGGGUGUGUGCGUACUUCCUGUCUGAAAAGUGCCAUAAAAAAUAAAGUUGAAUUUGUUUUUAUUGCAGAAUCUGUUUUAAAUAUGAACAAAAAAAAACCACUCACAACCUACCCGUGUUUUCUGUCCUGAUAUUUAGAUCAUAAUCUCAAAUGUGAACUGUUCUUACCAAAUGUUGAUGUCACCAGGAAGCAGCAAGCCCUGCGUAAGCAAGAGAUGGAUACCAUCCUGCUCAGGCAGCAGCAGCUAGAGGAGACAAACCGACAGCUUUGUGAGAGGGCCGGAGAGCUGCGAAGGUCCUUCAGAGAUCUGGACAUCACGCAGGAAAAAUACCAGGAGCUCCGAGACCUUCCUGAUGACAAAAUCUCCAUACAGGAAUAUGUAGCUGUGAGUACCAGGGCAUUAUCUUGAAAACUAAUUUUUGACCCCCAUGAUGGUGGCGUGGGAGAGAAAAUAUGCUUAAGAGGUGUUUUUUUUUCCUCCUGUGUGUCCAGAUGCGUUUCUAUGAGGUGGUAACUCCUCUGAGGACUCAGCUUGCUGAGCUCAGUGUGAAAAGAGGCAGUUUGACUGAUGAGCUGGAUACACACAGAACACAGAUGAAGGCUUUACUGGAGGUACAACAUACUUACACAUACUUUUCUCACCAUUAAAUGCUGUCGUCUCAGCUCUUUCUGUGUGUAGGGUUAUACAUCUUUCAUGGGGAUUGUUGCUUUAUUUGACUCCUUUUUUAUUGUAAUAGAAAACUUAAAAAGCAUGAAUGAUUAACGUGUUUAAAUUAAGAAAAGUAUUAUGUGUUUGGGAACACGUUAACGUGACAGUAGAUAUUUUUGAAGAUCUGAAGAUUAAACUCUCUCUUAGCCAGACUGAAUUUUUCAGACUGAGUUUUUGAAGUGUUGAUGUCAAGAUUGCAAUAAGGGUAAGAGUUCGUGUUUCAUCUCUAAACUAAAUCAAAAAGUGUCACAGCAAUGAGCACAGAGUCACCUUCAAACAUGGAGUGGUGUCAGUUACUCUGUCCUUGAAAUGCUAAUAUCUCUGCCUGCAGUCUUUAGAAUUUGAGAAAAGUGAUUAAAAAAACCUGUCAGCCUAGCACCACGAGCCCCGUGGGCAUAAAUGACAAGUUGAUGAGAAAAUGAUGAAUCACAUCAAAGUCAAAGGUAAAAUCCAGGUAAAGUCAUUUGAGGUUUUCAUGACCUGGAGAUUUUUCUUCUUGAUAAACAAGACCUUCUAAGGCCAAACGGGUGCAGCUUGAAAGCCUUUUUUUAACUGAGCUGGCUCUUUCAUUUUCCUUCGUCACAGUUUCCACAGUCCCUGACGUACUCACUCAAAUUUAUCUAGAGGGUAAAAUACUCUGAGUUGAUCUAUGAAUAUGCAUGAGCAGACUGGGACCUGUAGGAACUGUAUGAUACUGUGAAGACUGAAGUGAGCAACUGGAGUUUUUCAAUAUCGAAUUUGUCUGUGUGAAUUAAGUGUAUUUAGGAGGUUUAAGAAAUUCUUCACCUAAAGUGGUUUGCACCUAGUAAAGCUUUGAAAAUGCAAAUUAAAAUAAUUGAGUAUGGUGCAAUAAAACCAGGAAAGCAAACAAGUUUACUAAAGACACUAGAAUAUAAAUAUGCUGCAAAACCCACUCUGAAAGUGACAGGUUGACUAAAACUUCAUCUGCUUUUUGUGUUUUGUUCCUGCAAUCUCAUAUGUUGUUAUGACAAAUGCAUUAACAACAAUAUCAACCUCCAUCAAAUGCAGUGGUUCUCGACUGGUGUCACUCUGGGACCCACAUUUUCCCAUGGUCCUGAAGUCGUGACCCUCUUCUAUAGAAUUCAAACCAAGCAAAUUUAUUUUUUAUAAAAAAAAAAGACUUUAAAGACUCUAAUCUUUAACAUAAAUCCACUUGUUUUAUUGAGUUAAAAGCAUUUCAGAGCACAUGAAGGGGACAACAUGAGGACGACAACUACUGAAGUUGCACAAACAGAAAAAAUCAAAGAUCUAAUAGAUAUCACAUUAAAUAUUUCCUUUUUUGACCAGCUGUUCAUGACCCAUCCAGAACGUGUCUGCGACCCACUUUUGGGUCGGGACCCACCAGCUGAGAACCACUGAUCCAAUGCGUAUUUUGUGCGUUCUUCUGUGUAUGUGAAUCUUCAGAGCUAUGAGGAGGAGCGGCGGCUGCGCACCGAGCUGGAGCUGAGAAGCCAGAGACUCACCCUUGAACUGGCCGACACCAAGCAGCUGAUCCAAGAAGGAGACUUCCGCAGAGAUAACUACCCAAGCGUCAAACGGUGCGUGCACUAUCUCUUACUGUUGGUGGCACACACCUCUUGAGGGUUAGAAUAAGCUGACUUUUCUCAGUCAAUUAUACUACCAAGUCAACCACAGGGGAACAUCCUCACACCCAUGAAAGAUUGACUUUGUGUUUUCUCUUGAAGUUUUUAUACAUUUUGCCAUUUUAACUCUGUGUUUGUUUGGAGUUACUGAUAUGUUUUAUAUCUGAAGGCCACUAUGCUGCUGUGAAAUGAUCUGCAACAUCAGGCACUGGUCCAAUUUAUUUCCUAUGUCUGUGAUGCAACACACACAAAGAAGGUUCCCUUAAAAACCUGAUGUUUGUUCUCUGAAUAAUAAUCAGAUGUCAAAUGGUUGUGUGAGUGUUUUUAAUGUUUUUAUAGGUGUUUCUCAAAGGGAUAUCAGCUUAUUCUGAACAUGGAAAUGAUCGGUGUAUUAUUUAUUUAUCCAUUUGUAUUAUUAAUCAGCUAUACUUGAAUAUUUUAUGUGGUUGAAUCAAAAAACUGAAUAAAUUUAAUUCUAGUUUUACAGUCCUUGGAAAUUCUGCAUCCGAGUUCAAACGUGUGCCAACAGUAUCCUUCUGACUUAACAGGGAGCGUGACAACUUUGAAGCAGAGCUGAAGGAGUUAAAAAGGAGAUUCGAGACUCUCGAGUUAUCUCACGCUGCACUGACCACAGAGAGGAACACACUCAGCAGAGAGGUGCAUCAAACAUUUAAACAUACAUAUCAUUUCUGUGCGUCUUUAUUAUGCAAACCAAAAUCUCUGGAUAGUUUGUGUUCGGUGCAGCAGUAUUUCAUUUCCUGUCCUUCCCCACCAGGUGGCGACAUUGCAGCAGUCAGUUACUCUCCUGCAGAAGGACAAGGAGUACCUACACAAGCAGAACAUGGAGCUGAGCAUCCGCUGUGCACAUGAAGAAGACCGCCUAGAGAGGCUGCAGGUUUAUAUACAAAAACAUAAAAUGCAUCCUCUAUUAAGAAGGAUUCAGCUGAUGUUCUUUCACGUCUGUUUUUGCUCCAUAGAUACAAUUAGAGGACACUAAGAAAGCAAGGGAGGAUGCCUAUGAAAAAUAUGUGGCAUCCAGGUCAGCUUCGGCUUUAUUUUCAUAUCCAUAACAAUGAAGUGUCAUUUCUGUUACUUUGUUAUUUUAAUUUUUCUCUAUUUUUAUUUUACAACAGAGAUCAUUAUAAGUCAGAAUAUGAGACCAAGUUAAGAGAUGAGCUGGAGAACAUCAGGCUGAAAACAGGUCAGGAGAUUGACAACCUGCAGAGAACCUCCAGGGAGAUGUAUGAGAGAGAGAACAGGUACCAGAUUAUUUUCUCUCUCUUUUUUUAAAUAUGUUUUGAAAGAAGUGUAUGUGGGUUGGAAAAGUAAAUAAAUAUCCGGAGAGCUAUUCAAAGCAAAGACGAACUCGCAUAUUUCUCUAACAUAUCACUGUUCGGCUGUGUGUGUGUGCGUGUGGGUUUGUUUGGUUAGGAACUUGCGUGAGGCCAGAGACAACGCCGUGCUGGAGAAGGACCGAGCUGUUGCUGCUGAGAGAGACACUCAGUCCAGAUACGAUCAGCUGCUGGAACAGUAAGUUAACCGACUAGUGCACACAUAUGAAUUUAAAACAGGUGUCCACGCAGUUCAUAUCUGUCACAUAAUGUACAUACUUGUAUAUGAUCUCUUUAUUUUUACUUAUAUUACUUAUUUUAUCUAUUUAUCUCUUUAUUUUACUUGUUUUAUCUAUUAUGUAUCUUCUCUCUCUACUUUAUUACCUCCGCCAAGGAGGUUAUGUUUUCGGUAGCGUUGGUUUGUUUGUUUGUUUGUUUGUCUGUCAACAACUUUACGGAGAAAGUAACAGACGGAUUGACCUGAAAUUUUUACCAGAAGUGAGUCUCAGCCCCAGGAGGAUCCCAUUACAUUUUGGUGAUGAUGCGGAUCGCCUUCUGGAUCCAGGAAUUUUUUUAAGGAUUCUUCGUCAUUGUGAGAUAGGGCAAAUUUUGGAAUUUUUGCAUUUAACUCUAUAAAAAUGGCCAGAGUCUUUAGUAAAAAAUUACACAAAAGGAUCUCAAUGAGUUUUAUGAGGUGUCAAAGGUUGAUCCUGAUCCAGACAAAAUUCCAGAUAGUGUGAUCCAGAACACACAAAAAUUAGAGUGUCGUUGGAAUUUUCAAUGCUGUUGAUGGGCGGCACAGUGGUGUAGAUGGGCAGCACAGUGGUGUAGUGGUUAGCACUGUCGCCUCACAGCAAGAAGGUCCUUGGUUCGAAUUUGGAUCAGGGCAUUUCUUGUUUUAGGAACAUUAUGAACAGUGAACAUACCAGUUUAAACACAAAUAGAAGUUAAUAAAAGACACGUAACAGUAGAAGUUUUGGUGUGAAUCACAAUAUAAGGGGGGACAUGAGCUGCUUGGCGGAGGUCUGCGCUCUUCAAGUGCUUUUCUAGUUUGCACUGGAGUUACUGUAACAAAGAGCAAUUUCCCCCUAGGGAUUAUUAAAGUAUGUCUGAUCAUCAUUUCUGGUUAUAUUCACAGAAAAGUACAUUUGGCUCUGUUUGUCUCUUUCCUGCUUUUUCUGUUGUGCCUGGAAAAUAGAGGAUGAAGUUUGGAGUGCCAGUUAGAAGGACACAGAUAACUGCACAUUUAACAGCAACAAAGGGUAGUUUCAAUAUGUAUUUGUUAGAAAUUUUGAAACAGAGGUGAGAAAAAGAGACACCUGUACAAUCAAACCUUUUCUAUCCACAUAACUAGAAAACUGCAACAAUACAACCAUUUUACUUGUUUUGAAGUAACAUCCAGCGAUAUUUUCUAUCAUGUCCAUGAAAAAAUGAACUUGCUCUGACAAAUUCACCUCAUGCACACUCUAAUCGCUGCUACAGGAUCUGUCUUAACCGUGCAGUAAAUAAUAGAAAACAUUUAAGGGGCCCUGGAACAUUCAGUGCGUAAAGUUUAAGUAGACAUCAACUUGUAGCCUCUGAAGAGUUAAACGCGAUCAGUCAAGCUGCCUCACAUGAAUGCGAGUUGCUUCCUGGUUGCUUUGUUAAAAGGCUGUAUAUCAGGAACUUCACCUGAGGGCAACUGUUAAACCUGUCAAAGUCAGGCCAGUUGGUACAGUUUUUUAUGUCAGGGUUAAUCACAUCAUAUUUCAAAUUCAUUCCCUGUCUCCGUGGGCCAAUCAGGGACGCGCUGACUCGGUGAGUGUGAGGUCGGCCGCAGUCAAGCUACUGUAAUUAUUAAGACAGCCAUUUUCAUUCUUCAUUUCUUCCUCCCCCUUUGCUUGAAUUUCUCAGUGUUUCCCUUGAAGCUGUGAGCUUGUUCUCACUCUGCCGCUGAUGUGUGACUUGCAGCAGCAGCUUCUCAUCAGCGCGUGCUGUGGGAGCGGCAGGACUUUGGUGGCUGUGGUCUGUUUCUUGCUAAAGAUCACAUGAAUGCUUGCUGUAACGGAGGGGUCGGGAGGUCACAUGAAAGUCAGAGUUCACUGGAGGUCUGCACCAACUGGUGUCAGUGGCCUCUUCGCUGGCAUCUCAGGGGCAAAAUAGUUUCAGAGCAGGUUCAACAUGUACUAAAGUGCACUGUUGUACAAGCUACUGAAGAGGAUGUAUGAUAUCUGUGACUAAUAACCAAAGACUGUGUAACAAGUUUGAGGUCAUGAUGACUGUUGUAAAGUGAAGCCAAAAGACUUAGAGCUCACCCUGGAGGCAGACUUCAUUCUUGUUUUUAGUGCUGUGUCAUUCUACUUCCACUUGAUGUCUUGAAUAGAUUAUUAUUAAUGUUUAUUGACUGUGGAUGGAUAAAAGAGUCACAGGUGGGCUUUGAAAAGGAGAGAGAGCAGCUCAUUACAGGGAUAUAGAAGCUUGAAAAGUUGUCUAUUUUUUUUUUUUUUUUACCUGGGGUGAAUCUUGAGUCCUUGUCUUUCACUCUAGCUCCCCCUAUUCCAUCGUCAGAGCCCUCCAUUACAGCAUGGAUCCAUCUGUUAUCGAGCAAAGCAACAUGAUGUGCUUACAAGGAGGUACAAGCUGGGCGUGUCUAGACUUGUUUGGCUGGGGUGUCCCAGCUGGGGCACUGACUUAUGCCGGGGGUGGCUCAAAGAAUCUGAGCCCACGCAGCAACUAAUAGCAUUUAUUGUUGCAUCUACUGUUGCAAUACGAACAUGAAGUUGUUCAUCUUUUUUCUUUGAUUACAUUUUUCAAAGUCUAAGAUGUUUUGAGUUUUUUUCUUCGAGACAAUAUUUCAGGUCCUAAGUAUUUAAAAAUAAUAAUAAAUAAUAUAAAAAAGAUAAAAUAAUGAUUUAAAAAAUGAAAAUUUAAAAACUUUGACAACCCUGCUGACAAAUGUGCUGGAAAAUAUAUUAAGGCCUAUAUUGAAAAACACUGUCUCUGUGUGGGAACUAUAAUUUAAGCUACAAUGAACUAUGAAAGAAUAAGUAAUUAAAUAUUUGAUUUAUUAUUUUCAGUCUCUAGGGCACUUGGAAACUUAAAUUAUGAUGAAGGUGCUCUUUGGUGUUUUAAAAAAAAAAGAAAAAAAGGUCACUAAAGUUGGAGAGACGUCAUGCCGUUGGCUGUAACAUGAUAAAACGCCUUGAAAAAUGGAAAUCAUUUGGGACAAGUCAAGUAUUAUUCAGUUUCUUUUAAUAUGACUCCAGAAAAAAAGAUUUUUUUUCCUCUCUUUUCUGCCUGGUUUUGAGGUGUUGUUUUUUACGCAUUUUCAUACCUACUCUAAGUGAUCUGUGUCAAUGUUACAAGUCCAGUUCUCUGCCCAAGGCAACAUCACCCAUCUCAGUAAAGCCUUGAAAAAGAUCUCUGGAUAAUGGCCUCGCAGGAAGUUUCAUAUCUAAUGUUGAAAUUGCAACAGAUGUAUUAUGAGGACUGCUACUCUCUCUCUCUUUCUCUUUCUCUUUCUCUUUGUCUCUCUCUCUCUCUCUCUCUCUCUCUCUCUCUCUCACACACACAUAUAAUCCUACUUUUUUUCUCUUUUGGAGGAGGUGUUUCAAAUGUGUGCAGCUGAUAAGUCAAAAAUGUGGAGAAAUAUCUUUCCAAACAUUUUUUUUUCACUGUUGCAGUGAUUUAUUUAUUCAAGAUUAUAUUUACUUAUUCAAUAUUAUAUCUGCGACUAACAAGCAUGGACUCACAAACAGCAGCAGCCGCAGCAGCAGUGUCCCUGUCCUGGGUUACUACGACAUGCCGGUCAUUUCUCUAGAUCCAAACCACCAGCUGUUGCUCUUUCCAUACACACACAGACACACACGUAGACACACACACAUACACACAGUCUUCACUCUCCCUUGCGCUCACUCUCUCCGCUGCGAUCACAUUCCCUCUCUAUGUCGCAUCGCAAGCCAGCAACGACAGAUGCUCGCCACAAGCCCUUAACCCCUAACCCCACGCAUGCCCCUAUUUUUGGGUCAAAGAAUGAGGCGGACAAGCUUGAAAUGGCGUCAGAUGAUUGUAGCAAAGAGAGCCAGUUUGAACCUCGGUAUCAGACGGCCAAUUAUGGUGAUCAACCUGUCCAAAACACAGAGGAAGUUUUGAGUAUGUCCUUUCUAUUUCCUAUUCUGUAUCAAAACUAAAACUUGCUACAAGAAAAAUGCCGAGUCAGCGGCUCUUACUUAAUAGAGCUGCAGAUAUAGACAUGAAAACUGAAAACAUAACCCUGUAAAUCUGGUCACACUCCUCUGGAAGAAGUUUACUUUGCGUCUCUGCAUCCAGAUUGCAGCUGCCACUAAUAAGAGAAGGCAUAAAAUUUCCACCAUGUGUACAUGUCUGUCUGAGCACCCCAGCUCAGGCCUGGGCUCUAUGGAUGAUGAAAUCCUAUCAGGUCAGCUGUAAUCGAGUUAUUAAUAUUAUCCAACCAUCCUGCAUGCUUUGAUACAGUAUGAGAGUAUGUGUGUGUGUGUGAUUUAUAGCUGCUGUAGAGGGAGCACCGGGCGCAGAGAUGUGUUUUUUGGUCACUUAGCCAAUUAUGAUAUUAUUACAAAACCCCUUUUUUCAUGUAUGCCACAAUUCGUGUUGACUUCACUUCUUAUAUUGUGAGUAAAGUAUUAAUGCUACUACUUAAAGCAGAAUUGUUUGAUAAGUUUUUACCUUAUCUGAAAUAUUAAAUAGGAACACCUCAGUUGCCAACUGAAAUGAUGAAAGUUCAAACAAGAGCAAACAGCGCCGCGAGCACCGUUGAGAAACCCUCUUCUGCAACAAAGUGAUUUUAGACUUGGCUUUCCUGCUUUGUGACUUAUUGUUAUAAAGUUGUUGCCAGGCUGUGCCACAGAACAAUUUGAACAUGCAAAUCAUCUCCAAACAUAAUUGGAGCCAAAAGAGGAAAGACAUUGCGCCAUUAGUUUGAAACAACCAGGCAUGCCGGGGCUCAACCAGGGCCAAAGUGCUGAGUGUGUGACCUUUAUCUUCUUAAUAACACUAAAACAUACACAAUCUCACUUUUUUACAAUAGUUUAUAUCUAAAUAUUGUAUGUGUCUGUUUUCUACCUGUGUGUCUUUAAAUAUUCAGAUUUCGUCAUCUCCAGCUUGGCACUGACAGCCGUGUAGCAGAACUGUCCAACCAGGCUAAACUGCACUCAUUUGAAGCUGAACGUGCUCAGAUGGUCAAGGAUGAGACGGCCAAGACUCUGGCUCAGUGCCAGGUGGAGUGUGAAAAGCAGCAGAAAAAACUGGAGGUAUUCCCGAAGUGUGGUUUUCCAACAAAUCUUCAUCAAUUUACAUCUCCCAAGUUUUUUUCUUACCGUUAACCCCUACUGUAAGAUACUGUUGGUAGAGGAGAAAGACAUUUUUAUAAAGAGUUCAGGUACAGUGCUGCUUUGUUAGUGUCUGAUUGUUUAACUAAAAAAACAAUCUUGUUUAAAAUGAUGAUUAAAACUCACAUCCUCCUGGACACUAACGGUAUUUUACUGUCUUUGUCUUGAGAGGUUUUUCCAGUUUGUCAGCAUUUUACAUGGUAUUGCUGCCACACUUCAGUAACAUAUGUAUUACCUGUUUUUUCUUCUGUUUUAUAUCAGACUGACUUUCCUCAAACACAUCCAGUGGCACAAACGAUCAACAGUUUAAUGUGUUUGUGUUUGAUGUAGAGGUUUAUCAUUUGUGAUAAUUAAAUUGAAGCAGUUUGAUAAUGGGAAAAUUAAUUUGAUUACACCUGGUUUUUGAAACUGAACUCUUUCAUAGUUUUAAUUGAACACGUAAUCAUGUUUUUAUUAGAGAGAUUUUGAUGUAACUUAGUUGACUGUCAAUUUUAAGUGCCCUCCUGCAGCUCCUCAUAGUAAUCUUGAUUACCUUGAACAAUUUGAAACUCUCAUCUGUAUUUAAAUUAGUGCAUCCUGUGAAGCCCUUCACUCUUCCCCUCUUUAUUUACUGUCUUAUUUAUACAUUUUCAUCUUGAUUGGUUUGAAAUAAUGUUAUGGAUGGGUUUCAGCUAAGAAAACGUAUUUGCUGCAAACAUCAAGUUGACUGAUAAAACCAAAGUUUAUUCCUUGCUCUGGUUGUUAAUGGUUUGCUCAUCAUUUGUUGUCUAUAUUCUAUUGAAGGCAGUGCAAAGACAAAAAAAAGUCACAUUUUGAAACCACAGUUUUUGUGGAAUUGAGGUUAUACUAAAAAUGAAUGUCCCACCCAUUGGAAUUGAUAUUUCACUUAAGUAGCUUCUUCUUUAUCUCUUUUCACGGAAGAGAAUCCAAAACACACAAAAUAUUCAUUUAGUCCAGACUGUUCUCCAUGUCUUAGCUGAGGCCCAUCUCUUCAUCUGUAUUUCACCUUGUAUCCUCCUUUACUGCUUGUCAGAGGGACGUAUCAGGUGUAACAGUGAACUGCACAGAAGACUGUGAAAAUUCAGAGUCCAGAAAACUGUGAUAUAAACUCCAUGAUUGACUCUCUGUCCCUUAAUUCUCCUUCCCUGCUUCUGCCCUGUUCUCACUCCGCCGCCAUCGUUUCCCUCAGCUCCUGACCCAGGAGUUUUAUAGGCUGCAGACGUCAUCAGAGAAGCGGGCAGCAGAGCUGCAAGCUCAGAAUGCCGAGCAGGCCGCUCGGCUUGAGACGUAUGAAAAGCUCGAGCAGGAGUUGGACCAGGUCACCAUGCAGGCUGCUGAAAGUAAGGACGUGGUAUUUGCUCUUUAACGGUCAUUACAUGACAGGGAUGUCAGAAUGAUGAAAGGACAAAUAAAAAAACAUUUGUUCCACCAACUGCUUUGCUGUGGUAUUGUAAAUGUGUGUUAUUUAUUUGUACAUAAAAAUGUUUUGUCAUGUUAAAGGGAUAAUCUGAAUAUUUUCACUUUCAAUACGUUUCAUCGAACUUGUUCAAGGAAAGAAAACAGAAAAUAUAAAGGAGUUCAUUCCUUCCAUCAUUGUUGUAAUUAAAUAUGUUUUUAUUUAACAUUUUUAGUUGAAAAUGAAGAAGAAGCAGAGAGAGUUCUUUUCUCCUAUGGCUAUGGAGCCAACGUUCCCACAACGGCCAAAAGAAGACUGAAACAAAGGUACAGUACAUCACGCACUUUACAUUUCAGAGUGAUCACAGGACUGCUGCUGCUGUUGCACAAGAAUCAUAACCUGAGAGCUCACAUAGUAUCGGGGUGAAAAAUAAGUUAUCAAUUCCUGAACUUUUCUGAUUGUUUCCACAUUCAGCACUUGGACAUACAUAAAUUCUGAGUGACUAAAAGAAAUGAUAAACUUCUGCCCUUUUUCAUUUUACCAGUCCAAGGUGUGAUAUUUACUCCCUCUGUAACGUUUCAGCUUUAAUAUCAAUGCCAGUGGGACAGGAAGGUGGGAUUAAGUCAUCCCACUGUGCUGGCAUCAGAAUCAGUAACAGAGGUGUCUCAGGAGGAUAUGGGAUCCCUGUGAGCUGGCCAAGCAGGCAGGGCAGAACAGCACUGAGUGUGUGUGUGGGCAUGUCUCAAUUUGUUUCAAAGUAGAGCUCCUGCUGUGUGCUGAGUUCCUAAUCUACAAUGCAGUAACACAAUGGGAUAUCACUCACAAGAACAACAAUAUCACAACAUUAAGGAGUCAAAAUGGUAAUAGAACAGUAUGAUGAUGGUAGAGCCAGGACUAUUGUCUAGAGCAGCUCCCCCUGUCCUGCAUGUUUUGGAUGUUUCCCUGCUCCAACACACCUGAUUCAAAUGAUCAGCUCGUUAUUAAGCCAUUACAGAGCUUGAUAACGAGCUAAUCAUUUGAAUCAGGUGUGACACUAUUUGAUUUUUGUAUAUCUGAUAGAGUAGCUGCCUAAAAGGUUUCUACUGAAGAAAAUUAGACAUGCUUAGUUCAGAUUUGGUGUAAAAGUUCCAACACUUAUCUGGCUUAAAUUCCUUUUUUUCUAGAAACCGGUGCACUAAAUACUCCUGCACUCAUAAAACUCAAUCAUUGAUUAAAAAAAAAACGCAUGCACGACUCAUGCUAGUACGCACUUGUUGGUGUUGUUGUGAUUUGGUAUUUCAAAAACGCUGUUUGUUGUCGUUGUACAGCGUUCACUUGGCUCGCAGGGUGCUGCAGCUCGAGAGGCAGAACACGUCACUGAGGAGAGAGCUGGACAGACACAAGUCGCAGACAGGACAGAUAUCUGAAGAGGUAAACACGCGUACGCUGCAUGCAAACAGCAUCCAGGUGUGUGCCUGUCCGGGGACAGUCGUUAAUGAAUUUCAUGUUUGAAAGAAUUUCGAACAAAAGAGCUGCAUGCCAGUGCCUGCAACACACACUUGUUUUCACACCAUGGCAAACCUCCCACAGCAGCUCAGAUUAUGGUUUUUACACAGCUUCUAUUAAAGCUGUGAUGAUUUAUUUCAGCUGGUUUCUAUCUCUCUUUGUGACAUAACAGAGCCAUUAUCACAGGGCCAAAGUUGGUAGCUCCUCUCUCAUCACCCGCUAUUUACCCUCUCACACCAUCUCAUAUAUACUCUCACACACACACACACAAAGACCAACAUCAAAGAACAAGAAAAAAAAUUGAGCUGCUUUUGAAGUGGCUCUACACAUUUAAAAAAUAUCAGGCCCUUUUUUUCUGAAACUCUUCAUCUACUCUUACAGCGAUGUUAUAGAAGUGACCGUUUUUUUUUUCCCCAGCAGAGGCCCAGCAGUCCUUACACCAGGACAGCAUGAAGUUUGAGUCUUUAGUACCUGUCAUACUUGUUGACACAGUGGGAAACAGUGCCAAAAACAGUGCCGGCUAUGCUCUUUACUCUCCCAACAACUCACCACUCCAGUCAUUGAGGCUUUUGUUGUGUUUGGCUUGUGUGUGCAAAGCUAAGGCUUUAAUUUUUUGGGUGUGUACACGUAUUUUGUCUAUGCGUGACUCUCAGUGUGUGUGUGUGAAGUCACAUGUCUACUACUCGUGCACUGAUGCUAACAUUCAUCCAGUAGGGUUUGAAGUGAUGUGAAUGACAGCUCUCACAGCCAAUUUGUUUGCUUUCCCCUUUCUCCUUAUUACAAUCUCGACGAGAGGGGAAAUUGCGCAAGCUAGAACAGAGAGGCCGACUAGAUUUGAGACUAAAUAAGCCAGCUAUUCAACUGUCAGCUGUGACUGACUGGCACUGGUCUGGAAUACCUCAUUAUUCAUCGAGAAUGAAAGGAAGAGGUGAAGUAUUUUACUUUAUAUUCACCAGAAAGGGUGUUAACCAUUGAGCCACCCACACAGAUGCCCUGACUAACUAACUAUUGUGCUCGUUCCCCACCCACAAAGUCCUUCUCACCACUGGCUGGCUGUAAAAGUGGCUUAAUGUGUAACACCCAAACAUUUAUCCAUUGUCACAAAGAUUAAAAUUAAUACUGACUAAUAUUGUUUAAGGUACAAUACAUGCAAACUCUUAUGAAAUGCCUGGUGAUGUGCUUUUCUGACUGUGCAAGCAAGGAGGAAGUGAUAGGGGUUGUGAUUUUUUUUUUUAUUAUUCUCCCAGCUGUGUCAUAUCCACAAAUAUUCCAGGUAUGAAUGGGCAAAGAAAAGCUGAUACACUUAGAAAGAUGUGUUGUAGGAGUUUAUAAAAUUUGUGUCAUAAUGUGGAAGGAGUGACUCCAUCUGCAGGUGUUGAAAGCCUAGCUACUGUGCGAGUUCUCUGUCUGAUUUUCAACUGGAAGACUGAACUCCCUGUGGGUAAUAACCCUUUAAUCGAAGAACUGACACCGCAAACCAGUUUUUAGCUUUUACCACAUAUAUAAGUCUUUGCAAGUAUGGGAACAUGAUAUUGAUAUUUAUUGAGAAACAUCACUUUUUUAAAAACAACCAACGAAGGCAUGUGCUCAACCCCACGAAUGAUCCUGUGAAUUCACAUUGACCAAAUGAAAACAAAGUUAAUUACAGGGUCAGGAGAAGUGAACUUGAUACGUAUAUGUUUUAAAUACUUCAUAGUAAUGUCAAAGACAAAAAGAAGUAAUCCAGCCUGAUCAUUUUUAUUCUAAUAAGUGUUUUUUCUAGUGUAACUUUUGAUUUUACAUAUAUAUAGGUCAGCGAACCUAUCGAGAAUGAAUUUACUUUCAAAUAAAUCUGUCAUUUAGUCAUGAUCAAAUAGCAUGUAAACACUCAGCAUUAGUAGUAUAUUCAUCAUUGCACUAUCUAUAAAAUGUAAUUUAACUCCAAGUAGUUUUUUACUGGCGUCAUGUUGACAGGUGUGUACGUCCUUCUGUUGUAUCACACAUGCCUCUACAGUCUCAUAACAUAUUAUUAAAAGAAGUAUAGACCUGAGAUUCAGAUGAAUUGGUGGGUGGAGAACAGAAAGGAACCCUAGUUGAACCCAUCACCUUGUAGAUCAGGUAAAUGUCUCUGUAAUUGCUUUACUGAUACACUGGUUUAUAUUUUUUUUCGCAGUUGUUGGCAGCGAACCAGUUGUUAGAGCAGUCGCAGCAGCCCUACAGCUACCUGAUAGAAACGGUGAGGCAACGAGACGCGCAGAUCAACACGCUGAAGGAGUGUGUCACCUCGCUCGAGGACGAUAUCAGGUACGCGAUCACGAUCAGAGAGAGGACACAAAUCAGUGUGUGCAAAUAGGAAUAAGAUUUUCCAGUCAGCAUUGUAGUUGACUUUACCUCCAUGAUCUUUGUGUGUCCAAAGUUCAGACCUCCAUGUACCUUUGAGUUUGGAUAUGUUACAUUACAGUACAUCAACAGCCCACUGACCUACCCACCCUUCCCCCAUAUUUUUUUUACCUGAGAAAUAUGCAAACUGGCAGAAAGCAGGUUUCCUCUUGCUACUCUCGAACACAGCGCGCUGACCUGGGGCAAGCAGGGGAGUGAAAAAAAAGUCCUCAAAAAUGCUUUUUAUCUUCAACUUUCCCAUCUGACAGAAAUAUUGAAGUGUUUCUGCGGCUGUGCACUUUCUAUCUGUUUAGGCAUGGCUCACUGGAGAUCUUCACUUUGAAUACCACCAGUCUCUUUCUUGAAGUCACAUUUAAUCUCACUGUUUCAUUUCAUUUCAUACUAUUCAGUCGAUUACAACAGUGUUUCAGAAAAGGUAGAUCUCGGCCCUAAGAAACUCAGUUUUCUCAGAGGUCAUUGCAGCAGAGCUAACAAGCUCUUGUGUUAAGAUUUGCAUGAUGAUUUGCUUUAAAGAUCCUCGUCACAGGUUUGUAUUUGCCCCAGGAAAGAAGAUCUCAACAAGACAAAAGCCGGAAUACAAACUAUUGAUUAUUUAGUAUGUUUAAGAAAUUCAUGACUAACAUGUUUAAUUGAUGUUCUGCCUUUGAAAGUUUCAGACUGGUGGUACAAACCCUUUGUACUGGUAAAUCUGUCAGUUAACCUGGUUGAUUUAUGGCUGAUUACUUUUUCGUUAAUUAACUGUCCAGCAUUUUUGUUUGUUUGUUUUUUACCCUUUAAACCAAACUUAAUUACAGCCAUGCAAGCGAAAUAACAUUCAAUUUACGACGUACACCGCACCCUCUGUCUUAAUCCUAUGUUCUUAACAAGACUCCACCCAACGCAAAAUAAAAACACAUCUUAAUUUUCAUUUGGAAUCUUCUGUAUUCUACGCUGCACUCUUACUCAAUCCUCCCAUCAAGAAUCACAUCAACCAUUGAUUAGAGGUUUGAGACAAAAACAUGUUUCAUGACUUUGGCUUGGACCUACAAGCUUUUACAGGUAACAUGUCCAGGGUUGUAAAAUUCUGGAUAAUCUGACUUGGGAGUGGAAUUACAUAAGACAAACUCAACGUAUUUUUCUUUUAAACAUUAGCCACCAAUGAAUGAUAGUUGCACAGCAAAUGACAGUGAGCCAAUGAAACUUAAUCUGAGUGAAGUGCUUUGUUUCUGUGCGUCCGCAUAAGGAUUUCAGCAAAGACCAGAACUCAGUGGAUAUAUUCAAAUUGAGCACAUUGGUGCUACUAUGCUGUUUAAUAAAUCGAACAUGUAAGAUCACUUCUUCAUUUUAUGGACUGUGCGACUUUAGUGUGCACCUCAUCAAGCUUGUAAUUCCAGUCAUGCAAAACUGCAUAUAAAUAAACAUGUACUAUACUUGUAUACUCUCACAGCUAUAGAAUUUCUGGUACUGAAAUAUGUUUUGAUCAGAUAUAUCAUUGAAUACUGUGUACAUUAAAGGGAUAUUCUGGCGUAAAAUUAAUUUAAGGUCAAACACAAUGUAACACAGAGUUAGACACCCCGUCAAGAAAUAAAUGUUGCCGACCGCUUGCUUCUCUAGUUACACCAACUUAAGUGAUGACCGCACUAUAGCAUAUACACAGCGUUCUGAGGAGCUAUAAACAAACCUCGACCAAAAAGAUGAUCGUAAAUGUUCUUCCUUGAGCUGUGUCACCCCGCAGCAGUCUGUAAUGGACUGACCUGAGGUCUUGCUACAAACAAGCGGCUGCUGGAAGAGAGUCGGUGAGUUGUGUUUAGUCUCUUUGCUAAAGAAAUUAGGCAAAGCUAAAAAUAUGUUUGGUGGCUAGCAGAGAUGGGAAUUGUGGAGUCACCAACUCCUCUCCAUGUCAUGUACUUAUUCUGCUCUGUCACUGAACCAGCUGCUUUCAAUGAGCAGCCAGGAAGGUGAGCUCAUUAGUGAAGGCACCUGGUUCAGUAACUGAGCAGAUCAAAUACAUGGCAUGGAGAUGACUUGGUGACUCCACAAUUCCCAUCUCUGGUGGCUAGUGCUGUGGCUGGGACCCUAUAUGUACUGUUGAUGAAGUUAGGUGCUGUUCUGAGCAUAAUUUGUGGCUAUAAAGUGGCGUUUUGGUUGAGGUUUGUUUAUGGCUCCUCAAACCGCUCUGUAUUGUGCAGUCGAUACUAAAGUUGGUAAAACUAGAGAAGCAAGCGGUCGGCAGCAUUCAUCUCUCAAGGGGGUGUCUACCUCAGUGUUACGGCGUGUUUGACCCUAAAUUAAUUUUACACCGGAAUAUCCCUUUAAGGUUUGAGUCACAUGUGUAGUAACACUGCUUCGUAAGGAUUUUUAGUAAUGGUUUUUAUUUACUUACCUCAACUCUAGUUCUCUAAGGAAAGAACGGGCCGCUCUGCAGCAGGUGAAAAACAACAUGGCGGCCGAUUUGGAAAGACUACUCAACCAUCGAGAGGUGCGCAUGUUCAAGAUAAUGUUCACUUCCAGCUGUUUGCUAUUUUUUGUUCGAUAUCACAUGCUUUCCACGCAUUGUCUUUAUUUGUGUAGAGAUGCACUGAUUGAAUUCAGCUCAGAUGAUAUUGGGCUGUUUUUCACGUGGCAAGAAACAGAAAAUUUCAGCUAAAAAAGAGAAAAUAGAAACAAAAAUUGAUGAGGGCAGCGUCUAAAUUUACUUAAGUAACUCUAUAAUAGAAUUUAUUUUUCUCUUUAUUAUGUAUUCUACAGUCGUAGUUGUACAGUCUCUCAAGAUUGUGUGUGCUCGUAUGCUCAUGCACGCAGGACUGCCCCCCCAGCCAGCCGUUUGCUGUAUGAAGUAUGUGCCCUGUCAUAGACAGCUGUUCCUCAGCCUGGCUGUUUGGGAUGCCACUAGGGUGCGCGUGCAUGUUUGCAUACGUGUGUGUGCUCCUGCGUGUGUGCGACAUGCCGGGGCUCAUGUCCUCAGGGUUGAUAAAUAGAACCGUGAAAUGGCCCCGAGUCCUCCCCUCUGCCCUGCUGCCACCCUGCAGACCCUUAAGCUUGUUGAGCUUAUUGCGAGUUGCCCUACAGAUGGAUCUAAAGAUCUCAGCUGUGCGGUCCUGUGGUUCAGGACAGUCAUGUCAUCAGAGAGCAUCCAUAUAAAUUCUUCAAAAUACACAAUUAAAUUACCACUGAUGUCAAGGGUCUUUGUUUUAUUCCAGUUUGAGUCCAUUUAUUGUUCUUGGAAAUCCCUGUUUAUUGUUCUACUCUUGUUUUCACGUUUCUAUUUUCAUGAACUGUGUUUUUCUGCAGGAGUUAGCGAUGAUGAAACAAGUCCUCAUCAGCAUGAAGUCCAGACAAGGGGACGCUGUCCACCCCUUGGAAGCAGAUAAAACCGGUAUCAGGACCUCUGGAGCAGGAAAACAGUCAUCUAAACGUCUCAACAGGAUCGCAGAGGAAGAGUCACCAAACAAACCGAAACCCACUGUGUUUGUAAGUGUCUGAAAUGGAAACACCCUCAAAUGAGUCACAGCACCUCCACCUGCUCAGACUGAGGUUCAGACAAAGAAGCACAAGUGCUUGACAGAAAAUGAUGAAUUGCUUAAUUGCCUUUCGCAGAAAGAUAUGCUCUAAGUAUAGUGUAUCCCUGAUAAAUGAAGCUGUCAAAAAAAUUGAGAAUAUAUUCAAACAAAAGCUCCUUCCUUAUGCAAUUUAUUCUCUUCUUACCAUCAUCUUUCCUUCUCUUCUUCAUUUCAGACCAAAAAAGAAGCUCCUGUUUGGUACCAAAAGCAGAAAACCAACUGAGGAGUCACUUUUGUUACGACUACUGGUGCUAUUUAUUACAACUCAGGGCCUUAGCAAUAUUGAUCAUCCAGGUAAUUGUGUAUUGAACUUGUAAAUAACACGCCUUUUUCUUAUUUCAUUUUUUAGAAAUAUACUUAAAACAGAAAUUGUUA